AUUUUUUUAAACCACAUUAUUCAGGUCACUCAGCAUGAAUAGACAUGAUGAAUUAGUGGAAUUAGUUCCACAUAGGAAAUUCACAAGUCACUGGCAGAUUCAUGGCACUUACUCCUAGUGAUUAAACGUGUAUAAACUUUGUGGUUUCACAAUGGCACACCACUGCCUGAUAUGUGACACCAUUAUUGACUUGAAUUCAGGAGAUCCUGCCUCCUAUGGUGUGUUCAGCAGUUUUACUCUUCCUUACUCAAACAUCACCAUCAAGCAAAAAGUGUUGGAUAUCAUGUGCCUCACCAUAGAGAACCAUCAGAUGAUGCAUGAGCUGGUGUGUGCUACAUGCUUCAAAGUGUUCAGUGAUAUUGAUGAAUAUGAGUUCCGAAGUAAGGCUGCCAAGAAGCAUGUCCAAGAGGUAUAUGGACAGACAUUAAAGAAGCGUGAAAAACAGCAAACAUCCUAUGAGUCUGUUGUCAUCUUUCCAAAUGUGUCCACAGUGUUCCAGAAUAACCAUGUUCAGCCACUUCAAGAUGAGGACUCUGGAUCACCAGCUGUUAAGGAUUCCAGCACAGGAGAGGUUGGGUCUGAUUUAGAGGGAGAUGAGAAAGUCUGUGCAUCAUUUCCUAGUCAAAGUAAUAAUGGAAGGAUGGAGAAUGGAGCUAUGUCUUCUAAAGGACUUAAUGGUGCCUCAAGGCUUGACCUCAGUCACUUUAUAUGCAGACUCUGUAGUGUGACAUUUGACACAGUGGAAGAACUUGGUGCUCAUUUCUUACAGCAUUCAGAUAUGUAUCCUUACAAGUGUUCCAUCUGCAACCAUGGCUUCAAACAUGAAGAAUCACUUCUUCUCCAUUAUGGGAAAGUUCAUGGUGUAUAUGAUCCAAGUCGAGCAGCAUUCAUGAGUGAAGAAGUGAAGAAAUCCAUUGCAGAAGUGCAAAGAACACAUUGCAAAGUGUUUAUGAAGGAGAAGAUCCGUGAACUAUCCGAAACUGCCCAGCAAAAACGUAAAGAGAAACAGACAGAGAAGAUAGAGAAUGGUGUCAAUGACUCUGAGCAAUCAAAUAAAACAUUUCCCUGUAAUGGUACCCAGUGUGAUGAGUCUUUCAGGACACCAUUUCUUAUGGCUGAGCAUAUGAAGGAAAAUCAAAUAAUGCCAACAGAACAUAACUGUAAUGGAUGUGAGAAAUGCAUUUCCACAUCAUCCCCAUUGAUAGAGGCAGAUAUUACUUCUGGUACUGAGAAUGUUCAAAUCUCCAACGAAGUACCUUUUACAGGUUCUGUUAAUAAUGCAUCUGAAUCUGGAAGACCUACAGAGGUUAGUGGAGGAGAUAAACCUGGAAAGCAAGAGCAUCGAUCAUAUAAGACCACCUAUCGGCACAAACUCAUUAUGAAGCUCCGGAAGAAGGCAGUGAAGGGGAAAUCUCAAACAAAGAUGACCAAGAAAAAUGUGGACCUUCCAUCUAUGAAUUGUCAAGCAGCCACAGUCCCAAAAAAGUGUGAAUUAUGUGAUGAGGUCUUGAGUUCUGUUCAGCAAUAUGAGCAGCAUCGGAUUCAAGUCCAUUGUGAAGAAGGUCGAUUCCCCUGUGAUGUCUGCAAUAAGACCUUCAAGUACCUGAAGGGGCUCGAUAGACACAAAAAAGAACAUGGUGAGAGGGUGGAAUUUGCUUGUGAGAUUUGUUCCAAACAGUUUUUUCGGAAAGAUCGCUUCAAAAAGCAUUUGGAGAAGCAUGAAAGGUAUGGGAAUGAUCUCUCUUUCUCAAAUAGAAAGAAGGUCAUUCCCAAGCCUAAGGAAGAUGGAACCUAUGCUUGUGAGAUCUGUCACAAGCUUUUCAGUGGAAGGAAAUACUAUGAAAAUCAUUUGGAAACACAUAGUAUUAGUUACCAGCAUGAAUGUGAUGUGUGUAAUCGAAGGUUCAAGUCAAGGAAACUGAUGCAGUGUCACAAACGAAGGCACACAACAGUGAAGUCUCACUCAUGCAAUGAAUGUGGAAAGGAAUUUGCUGACAAAUCUGGCUUAAAUGCUCAUAAGAAGAGCCACAGCAAAGUUCGUGAUCAGAUAUGCCAUAUAUGUGGAAAAGGAUUCAUCAGGCCAGCACACCUGAGAGAUCACCUCUCCAUACACUCAGGAUAUCGAAAGUACAAAUGUGCAGACUGUGGUUUUGGAGCUGUGAGCCUUUGGAAACUCCGAAAUCAUCAGAGGAAACACAGUGGUGAGAGGCCAUUCCUUUGUGGGACAUGUGGGAGGGCAUUUUCCCAAAAGUCCAACCUGGAUGCUCAUCAUCGUAUCCAUACUGGUGAGAAGCGAUACAGUUGUGAUAUUUGUGGGAAGGGCUUUGAUAGAAGAAAGCCAUUUGAGGAGCAUAUGAAGGCAGUACACCCUGGAACCCCAGCAAUUCUUUCUCAUGGGAGCAGUUUUGCAGCUGUACAGCUCAUGCCCGAGUCUGCUGCUGCUGUGGCUGCCAGCAUUGCUGUGGGUUUAGGUAUCCCACAAGGUGCCUAUCCACAAGCUGGUGCACAGUAG